AUGACCACCACCACCAACCUUCCUGCCCACCCGCCCAAAGUACACGAGCAGGCAAAGAUAAUCUCAAAACAACCACUACGAGCCGCCGAGAUGGAGGCUGUCAAACAAGAUGGUGAAGGGGCGCAAAGAUUACGUGGGGGGUGUAUCCCUUGUCCCGUUCGUAUUCUCCUUUCCAAGUUGAAUUACCAUUUUUUGAUGCUGGUUGUGUAUAGUGCUGCUGCCUUCCACUGUGCUGUAUUUAAGAGUUCGUUUCAGUAA